CACACAUGCUGCAUUGCUGCCAUUCCCCAAGCCCUGCUCCAUCCAUCCCUAGGGCACGGCCACUAGCUUGCUAGCGUGCUAGCACUUGGCACAAAACGAAGGCCUGUCCUCGGGUAUUAAAAAAAAACAACAAGCAGACUGUGUACACUUGCCUCUUUCUAUUUUCUCCCUUUUCCGGGUCAACCAGCCACAUACCCAGCAAGUGGGGCUCCUUUUGUCUAGCUGUCAUUCCCGCUGCUCUGAGCAGUAGAGGAUUGCUAGUAGCCAGUGAGUCAGUCAUUCAGCGAGGCAGACUGAGGAAGCCAGGGGGGCGUGUUUAUCAGAGGCCAGGAUGAUGGAGCCCAGCAUGGAGAAUUGCCUGGCGCAGGUCCUGCAGAAGGACAUGGGCCGACGGCUGCAGGUUGGACAAGAGAUCAUCGAUUUCAUUUUGGACAAGGAGAAGUCUCAUGACCUGGAGCAGGAUCAGACGGCACUGGACAAGAUGGUUGACGGCAUCGCCAGCUCUUGGGUCAACUGCAGCAACUUUAAGGUGGCUCUGCUCGGCUUGGACCUCUUAUCUGCCUUAGUGACAAGGUUACAGGAGCGAUUCAGGGCCCAGGUGGGAACAGUUCUGCCCAGCCUUAUUGAUCGUUUGGGAGAUGCCAAAGACCAAGUGCGAGACCAGGACCAAACAGUGCUGCUAAAGAUCAUGGAGCAAGCUGCCACCCCGCAGUACGUCUGGGACAGGAUGCUGGGAGGCUUCAAGCACAAGAACAACAGAACCAGAGAAGGAGUGUGCCUUUGCCUCAUCGCCACACUGAACACAUAUGGAGCUCAAGGCCUGACCUUGAGUAAAAUUGUUCCCCACAUAUGUAACCUCCUGGGGGACCCCACAAGUCAGGUUCGUGACGGAGCAAUGAGCUCCUUGGUGGAGAUCUACAGACAUGUGGGUGAGAGGGUGAGGAUGGAUCUCAGCAAAAAAGGCCUGCCACAGUCACGGUUGAAUGUAAUUUUCAGCAAAUUCGAUGAAGUCCAAAGAUCCGGGAACAUGAUCUCAUCCUCCGGCUCAGAUAAGAACUUUGAGGAUGAGGACUCCGUGGAUGGAGGCCGGUCCUCCUCCUCAUCGUCCUCAAAAGCUCCCCCCAGUGGACGGAGGACGGUAAUGAGCUCUGUCAGAAGACCCAGCUCAGCCACCACAACAAAGAUCACGGGUAAAGAAGCAGCAGCCGGUGCUGUUGAUGAAGAGGAUUUCAUCAAAGCCUUUGAAGACGUGCCCUCGGCUCAGAUCUACUCUAACAGAGAGCUGGAGGACCAGCUGUCCAAGAUCAGAGAAGUUCUGUCUGAUGACAAACAUGACUGGGAGCACAGAGUGGUGGCGCUGAAGAAGGUGCGUUCACUCGUGCUGGCCGGCGCCACAGAGUACGAGGGUUUCCCUCAGCAGCUGCGUCUCCUGGAAGCUUCCCUCAAGCUGUCAGCUAAAGACCUGCGCUCCCAGGUGGUCCGCGAGGCCUGCAUCACACUGGGACAUUUGUCAUCAAUCCUGGGAAACAAGUUUGACCAUGGAGCGGAGAGCAUCAUGCCCACACUGCUGAACCUUGUGCCCAACAGUGCCAAAGUCAUGGCCACAUCCGGGGUGGCCACCAUCCGCCUCAUCCUCAGGCACACACACUACCCCCGUCUCAUCCCCAUCAUUACCAGUAACUGCACCUCCAAAUCAGUAGCAGUAAGACGGCGCUGUUACGAGUUCCUAGAUCUCAUGUUACAAGAGUGGCACACCAAUACACUGGAAAGACAUGUGGCUGUUCUGACCGAGACCAUCAAGAAAGGAAUACACGAUGCGGACUCUGAGGCCAGAUCCAUCGCUAGGAAGUGCUAUUGGGGUUUCCAUGGUCACUACAGCCGGGAGGCAGAGCAUCUGUUUCAGGCACUAGAGUCCACCUAUCAGAAGGCCCUGCAGUCUCACCUGAAGAGCUCUGACAGCAUUGUGUCUCUACCCCAGUCGGACCGUUCUUCAUCGUCUUCCCAAGAGAGUCUUAACCGGCCAUUGUCUGUGAAGAGUGUCAUUGGAGGGAGCAUGACAAGGAGUAAGCUGGUGAGCACCAGGAUGCCUACCACACCGGGUUCCCUCCAGCGCUCCCGUAGCGACAUUGAUGUAAAUGCCGCCUCCAACGCCAAGUCACGUCUGUCGACCGUCCCCGCAUCCUCACCGUUCAGCUCUGCAGCUGCCCUCCCCCCAGGAUCCUACGCCUCAUUAGAUGGCGCUUCCGGUAAAAGUGAUGGUCGCGUUCGUACCAGGAGACAGAGCUCCGGCAGCGUGGGUGGAGCCAGCACCUCCAUGGUGGACAGCAGGGGGCGGAGCCGAGCCAAAGUGGUCUCCCAGUCCCAGCGAUCCAGAUCAGCCAAUCCCAUCAGUGCCGGCAGUCGCUCCAGCUCUCCAGGCAAGCUGCUCGGCCACAGCAGCUACGGCCGGAUCCCUCGAGCCACGGCGUCAGCUUCCACCACGCCAGCCGACAAGCGCAGCAGGAUCCCCCGCAGCCAGGGCUGCAGCCGCGAGACGAGUCCCAGCCGCAUGGGUCUCGCCAGCCUGUGUGGUAAAGCUCUUCUUCCUGCUGCUCUUCCCUACCGCACGCUAGCCCGGAGCCGCAUUCCCCGUCCCAGCAUGAGUCAAGGUUGCAGUCGUGACACCAGUCGCGAGAGCAGCCGCGACACCAGCCCCGCUCGGGGCUUCGCUCCUCUGGCCUCCCGACGUCACUCCCGUUCAACCAGCGCUCUCUCCACAGCCGACCCCCACGGCCAGUCAGACCGAUACGGUUUGAUUCAUCAAGCGAGAAUCUCAGCAUCAGUCAACGCCAUGAGGGUCCUUAACACUGGCACCGAGGUGGAGGCAGCAGUUGCUGAUGCUCUGCUGUUAGGAGACUCCAGGAAUAAGAGGAAGCCACUGAGGCGGAGGUACGAAUCGCCAGGGAUGUACUCCGACGACGACGCCAACAGUGAUGCGUCCAGCGCCUGCUCGGAGCGCUCGUACGGUUCAAGAAACGGAGGUAUUCCCCAUUACCUGCGCCAGACGGAGGAUGUGGCGGAGGUCCUCAACCACUGCGCCAGCUCCAACUGGUCAGAGAGGAAGGAGGGGCUGCUGGGUCUGCAGAACCUCCUCAAGAGCCAAAGAAUACUGAGCCGAGUAGAGCUGAAGAGACUUUGUGAGAUUUUCACGAGGAUGUUUGCAGAUCCACAUAGCAAGAGAGUGUUCAGCAUGUUCCUGGAGACUCUUGUGGACUUCAUCACAGUGCACAGGGAGGACCUGCAGGACUGGCUCUUUGUCCUGCUCACUCAGCUGCUGAAGAAAAUGGGGGCAGACCUGCUCGGCUCCGUCCAGGCCAAAGUCCAGAAGGCCCUGGAUAUCACAAGGGAGUCGUUCCCGUUUGACCAGCAGUUCAACAUCCUGAUGAGGUUCAUCGUCGAUCAGACUCAGACACCGAACCUCAAGGUAAAAGUGGCCAUUUUGAAAUACAUCGAGUCCCUGGCUCGACAGAUGGACCCGACGGACUUUGUGAACUCCAGUGAGACGCGUCUGGCUGUGUCUCGCAUCAUCACCUGGACCACAGAGCCCAAAAGCUCCGAUGUCAGGAAGGCAGCCCAGGUAGUGCUGAUCGCCUUGUUUGAGCUCAACACCCCAGAGUUCACCAUGCUGCUCGGAGCUCUGCCCAAAACCUUCCAGGACGGAGCCACCAAACUGCUACACAACCACCUGAAGAACUCCAGCAAUACCAGCAGCAGUGUGGGGUCUCCAAGCAACACGAUUGGACGGACUCCGUCACGCCACACCCCUAGCAGAACCAGCCCCCUCACCUCCCCAACAAACUGUUCUCACGGAGGACUCUCUCCCAGCAUGAUGGAGUACGACACAGAGAACAUGAACUCUGAGGAAAUCUACAGCUCACUGCGUGGCGUCACUGAGGCCAUCCAGAGUUUCAGCUACCGGAGCCAGGAGGACCUGAACGAGCCAAUCAGACGGGAGGGCAAGAGGGACGACGCAGCCGGGAGAGAAGGAGUAGCGUCGUCUCCUGGUUCUGAUGCUCGCCUGGGUUUGGACAUGGUGGAGGGAGGUCGCACUGCUUUGGAUAACAAAACCUCACUACUCAACACCCCAUCCCCACGCUCCUUCUCCGGACCCCGGAGUCGUGAGUUCGCCCCGUACGGCUACGGAGACACCAUCUGCUCCUAUGACAAGAGCGCCCUGAAGGAGGCGGUGUUUGACGACGAUGUGGAGCAGUUCCGCGACUUCGGUCAGGACCACUCAGACCUUGUAGCCGACCUGCUCAAGGAACUGUCCAAUCACAAUGAGCGCUCUGAGGAGCGUAAAGGCGCCCUGGUGGAGCUGCUGAAGAUCACACGAGAAGACAGCCUGGCCGUGUGGGACGAGCACUUUAAGACCAUCCUCCUCCUCCUGCUGGAGACACUGGGUGAUAAAGAUCACACCAUCCGAGCCCUGGCCCUGCGCGUGCUGAAGGAAAUUCUGAGGAACCAGCCAGCCCGCUUCAAAAACUACGCUGAGCUUACCAUCAUGAAGACGCUGGAGGCUCACAAAGAUUCUCACAAGGAGGUGGUGCGUGCAGCCGAGGAGGCAGCGUCCACCCUGGCCGGGUCCAUCCACCCGGAGCAGUGCAUCAAGGUGCUGUGCCCCAUCGUGCAGACAGCCGACUACCCCAUCAACCUGGCCGCCAUCAAGAUGCAAACCAAAGUCAUUGAACGCAUCGCCAAGGACUCGCUGCUGCAGCUGCUGCCUGACAUUAUCCCUGGACUCCUACAGGGCUAUGACAACACAGAGAGCAGCGUUCGCAAGGCCAGCGUGUUCUGUCUGGUGGCUAUCUACUCUGUGAUUGGCGAGGAUCUCAAACCCCACCUGGCACAACUCACAGGCAGCAAGAUGAAGUUACUGAACCUCUACAUCAAACGAGCCCAAACGACCAACAGCAAUAGCAGCAGUUCCUCAGACGUCUCCUCUCACAGUUAAUGGAAGGAGGUUUCGUUUGGAAACUGUGGACGGACGGACGGACGGCGUUCCAGGAUUUCCAGGGCAUAGCCGCACUUCUUUCAGACUCCUCCGUCUUUGAGCUUCCCCUCCUCCUCCUCCUCCUCCUCCUCCUCUUCCUCUUCAUCAUAACUCCAGCUCCGCUGCGCUUCUCUCCUGUCUCGAGGGGUCCCUGUAAACCUGUCUGUCAUUUACUCCCUCCUUCCUCCUCCCCACCCCGCCUCUCUAAACUUUUGAAUGUAACUGGAUUGGUUUUAGACGGGUGGGGAGGGAAUCAACGAGUUUAGAGUUUUUGGAUUUGGGAAAUGCACUUUUCUCUUCCUCUGUAGUUCCCACACCCUCCACACCACCAUUUUUGUCAAUGGAGUCCUGUUUCUCCUUGAACCCUCAGAUUCGGUAGCAUAAGGAGUUCAUACAUAAUACCAUGAAUUAUUAUUAAUAUUAUUCACAUCAGAGUAGAGAAAAUUCUGUCAAAUCAGUUUUGGGAUGAUGUGUCAUUUGGCUGGCCCAAUGAUGGUGAUGAGCCUGUAGGUUUUGGGAUGAAUUCUGGUUCAGGAGCAUAAAAACCAAAUACUGUAAGAAAAAAAAAAAGGAAACAUGCCAGGGAACAGUGUGACAUAAAAAAGAAAGUACCAUAGGAGCAUAUUUGGUUCAUGUUAAAGUUUGUGGAUCAGGGCUCACAGAAACCUGAGCAACUUAAUAGAUUAAAUCCCCCUUUCACAAAAUUGAUGUUCUACUCAACAAGGUACCAAGAUGCUAAAAGAAAGUUUCAGCUACAGAACUGACAAUCCUUCAAAUGUUGUGCAUAUCUUUAUUUUGAGGUAAAGAAGAGGAAAUUGAAGUUGAAGUUAAAGGCUGAAUUUGUCGUGAAAUUCACAAUCAGCAAAGAGAAUAGAGGUUUAGCCCAGGAGACGUUUUCACACUGAACUUUUCUGCAUUAAGUGGGAAAACAGAGCUUUUUGUUUAACACGCUUUUCACGUGCAGAAGACGCCUACAAGGCUGCCGCUCACUCGAAGUGUGCUGAGUGACUCGGUCUGAAGAGGAAGUCCUUCCUUUGUAAAUACUCCAGAUGUUUUUUCCCUGUGUGGAAUUGGGAGAGAGACCGGAGAUCCGAGACAGUCAGAUAGACAUUACCAGGCCUUAUUCACUUCACACACGCUGAUGUUUGUUGACUGGGACUUCGGACAGUGAAUUCGGAUGUACAGCACUGUAACUCUGGGCUCUGAAAAAAAAAAAAAAAUGUGAAUCUGCAAGAAAACGGACCCUGGUGGGUUUUUUUUUUUUUUUGUUUUUUUUGACGACAAAGCAAAUACAGUAUUAGUCGUUUCCUCUGAUCUCCUCCUUCAUGUAACCGCGGCUUUUGCAAUAACCGUAAAUCCACAAAUAAAGGUAUUUUGUACAUACACUUUUUGACCACUGCUUCGCAAAAAUUUUACACUAUGUCGAAAAAGAAAAAGAGAAAAAGAAAAGUGAACGGGUUGACUCUCUGACUCUAACUUCUUUUGCACGUUAGCAAACUAGCUUGCAUGUAAUCUGCAGCACUUGUCAACUUGCUGUUUUGGAAGGACCCAGGGGUUGUUUGUUUUUUUUUGUUUUUUUGGCUGUUAAAGUGCACUUGUAACAUCAUCAAAUUACUCAUCUCUGAUCUAAUGUUUCAGAGGAGUCAGUCACUGACAUGCUCAUGUGUAAAAAGGUACAAAAUGGAGACGACAGCUGUUGAGCAGAACCAUGUGUGUGAUAGAAGCGCUCAGGCAGGGUUUAAAGAGACUGUACCUCUGAGCAGGACUGAAGUCUGAGGUAUCAGAGAGCUUUAAAAUGCUGGAUUCCUGCUGAUUGAUCCCUGAUUGGAGAGUUUUCCCAUUGAAUCAGAUUUUUACUACUGUAGGAAAAGAUCGGACUGUCAUUGCCUUUUUUUAAAUUCUGUUAUCUCGUUUGCUAAAUCCUAGAAAAUAAAUAAUAAUAUAAUAGUAAUAACGAUGAUAAGGAAGUAUUAGUAUUCUAGUUUCACUUGGGGGCUCCCUGAGUCUGUGGAUGACCAGCUUGGUGCUGAAUCCACUGAAUGGGCCAAUUCUGGUUAUUUAAGUAAAUGAAUGUACAGUGUUUGCAUAAUGUUUUAAUUUGCUUUUUUAUGUAUCGGUACUGAAAGUAACUUCAAUGACACGCCACCCUGCACACUCUCUGCACUCUGCCUGACUGUCACCUAAAUCCCUUGGACAGUUUCAGACCAUUAAUCAGCUGGGUUUUCGUUUUUAUCGGGGCAGAUCUGUCGUCGUCCUUCGGGGGAAAGUUCACCAGUCACCAAACCACCACGGUCGCUCGCUAGCAUCUCGUAUCACAUUGCUGGUCCCAGAAACAAGACAAGAUGGUAUUCCUUGCAAACUGUUCACUAUGCAUGUUCUGCAGUACACUGUCUUUCUUUUGUCUCAAUCGGUCAUGUAAUAUUCAUACCUGUAUUUAUAUAUUUUAUUUUAUCUUAUUUUAUUCUCUCAUGAUAAACUGUACAGAAGGUUUUUUUUUUUGUUAAAAUCCACCUGUGAUAGAUUUGCAACAAUGUAAAGAAACUGUUUGCUCUAGAA